AUGCAGCUGAAACUCGGACCCCCAAAGACACGCCAAGAGGUCUGUCCGGUAACCCCGAAGGCGUUGUUCUGUCCGGGACCCCCGAAGGCGUCGUUCCGUCCGGGACCUCCGAAGGCGUCGUUCCGUCCCGGACCCCCGGAGGCGCCGUUCCGUCCCGGACCCCCGGAGGCGCCGUUCCGUCCCGGACCCCCGAAGGCGCCGUUCCGUCCCAGACCCCCGAAGGCGCCGUUCCGUCCCGGACCCGCCAAGGCGCCGUUCCGUCCCGGACCUCCGAAGGCGUCGUUCCGUCCCGGAUCCCCGGAAGACGUUGUUCCGUCCAGACCCCAAAAGACGUCGUUCCGUCCGGGACCCCCAAAGACGUCGUUCCGUCCGGGACCCCCAAAGACGUCGUUUCGUCCGGGACCCCCAAAGACGUCGUUUCAUCCAGGGCCCCAGAAGACGACCUUCCGCCCUGGACCCCUGAAGGGGUCGUUCCUUCCUGGACCUCCGAAGGCGUCGUUCCGUCUGGGACCCCCUAAGACGUCGUUCAGGCAGAGUUCCCUGAAGACGUUGCUCCCCGGACCCCAAAUCCUCUCUGCAGCUGGACCCCCGGCCCUCUCUGCAGCCGGACCCCCAAGCCUGUCUGCAACCAGACCCCCGGCCCUGUCCGCCUGUCCUGAUGCCGGCCCCCCUGAUAUGCCUGACCCGCCUAAUGGCGGCCCCCCUGAUCUGCCUGACCCGCCUGAUGCCGGGCCCCCUGAUCUGCCUGAUGCCGGGCCCCCUGAUCUGCCUGACCCGCCUAAUGGCGGACCCCCUGAUAUGCUUGACUCACCGGACGCCAGUCUCGCAACUGUCAACACCCCUGCGGCUGCAGUUGCCCUUGAGGUUAGGCCCGUGACUGGCGUAGCCCUCCAAGAAGAUGGCCAUCCUGCCGUGUCCACCUGUGGCUAUGAAGUCACCACCUCUGAUGGACCUGUGGCCGCCCUUUUGCCUGCUGGCACUGCCUCCAGCCCCACUGGCUCAGCCCCUGACCUAGAUGGCUCCGCCCCCAACCCGGAUGACUCCGCUCCUGGUCCCGCUGGCUCCGCCCCUGACCCGAAUGGCUCCGCCCCUGGUCCUGCUGGCUCCGCCACUGGUCCUGCUGGCUCCGCCCCUGGCCCGGAUGGCUCCGCCCCUGGUCCUGCUGGCUCAGCCCCUGGCCCGGAUGGCUCCGCCCCCGAACCGGAUGGCUCCGCCCCUGGUCCCACUGACUCCGCCCCUGGUCCUUCUGGCUCUGAUGGUUCCGCCCCCGACCCGGAUGACUCCGCCUCUGGUGCUGAUGGCUCCACCCUUGUCCUUGAUGGCUCCGCCCCUGGUCCCAAUGGCUCUGCCCCUGUCCUUGAUGGCCUGGCUCUUAGUUCUGUGAGCUCUGCCCCCACUCCUGCUGACUCUGCCCCCUUUCCAGAUGACUCUGGCAACUGCCCAGGUGGCUCCGCCCACAAUCCCACCUCUCCUGCUCCUGAUCCCACCUCUCCUGCUCCUGAUCCUGCCUCCCAGUGUGCUCCAGAUCCUGCGUCUGCUGACCCGGCCUACCUGUCUUCGUUUGCCUGCCAGCCUGCCCUUCCUCCUGCAUACCUACCUCCCCAAUUAUCUCCUGUGUCCACACCUUUCCCAAGUCCUGUAUCCCAGCCUGUCCCGCCUCCUGUGUCCCAUGUGUUCAAGUCUGCUCCACCUCCUGUGCACAAACCUGAUCUCACGUCUGACCAUCACCCAGUGCUUCCUGGACCCCUGCUUGUUCCCGUGCCAGUCACCAUCCCUGUAACUGUGCCUCUCACCGUCCCAGUGUCAGUCCCUGUCUGCAUCCAAGUACCCACCCCUGUGUCUGUCAGAGUCCCUGUCCAUGUUCCAGCCCAAGCAACGACCCUUUUCCCUGCACCUGCGUUUGUCAACGUCAUUGUGAUUGUGCCUGUCCCCGUCAUUGUUCCAAUCACUGUUCCUGUCUCUGUCCCGGUCACUGUGCCUUUAAAAGUCCCUGUGUUUGUUCCUGUGAAUGUACCCCCCACUGCUGUGUCAGCUUCUGGACCACCACCUGUGCCCUCUGCCUGUGCCCGUCCCACGACUUGUGCCACAUCCUCAGCCCGGCCCUGUGCUUCGGCCUGUUCCUCUGCCUCAGUGCGACCCUCUGCUUCGGCACGGUCCUCUACCUCUGCCGGUCCCUCUGCUUUGCUUCGUCCCUCUGCCGGCUCCCCCGUCCGCCCGCCCGGUGUGGUGGUGCCUCUUGGGGACUUCUGGGGCCGUCCCUUGAGGGGGGGGUUCUGUCAUGAGCCAUCUGUGAAGCUCACUGAAUGA